ACAUGAGCCUGUGUCACACAUUAAAAGCAGUAACUUAGUGUCUGUGUGUGAUUUAUCCAGCAGGCUGUGUUACUGAGCAGCAUUGGUGUAAGCUGAGUGUGAUGAUCCUCGGCUCCUGAGUGUGUGUGUGUGUGUGUGUGUGGUUAGUUUGGAGCCGUCACCAACCUCACUGUUACUGAGUCACAUGACGGAGUGAUGGAGGCCGCGGCGGAGGACCUUUGGUCUAUGGAGUAAAGAUGGCAAAAUACAUCAGCCGAACGGAAACGUGGGUGUUUCCCUUGCCUGCGGUUCUUGAUCGGCGAGAUUGAGCAUCACAGAUCACUGAUCAACAUUCGAUUCAUCUAAGACCCAGCACAUGCUUUUAAUGUCUACACAAUGAAGGCCCAAUUACAGAUCAUAGUCCUGUCAGCGAAGCUAAAGGAGAACAAGAAGAACUGGUUCGGACCCAGUCCAUAUGUGGAGGUGGCUGUGGAUGGGCAGUCUAAAAAAACAGAGAAGUGCACCAACACUCACAGCCCCAAAUGGAAGCAGCCACUCACAGUGAUUGUUACCCCCUUUAGCAAAUUAAUUUUUCGUGUCUGGAGUCAUCAGACUCUCAAAGCGGACAUUUUAUUGGGAAUGGCAACUUUAGAAGUCAGUGAGACCCUGAAGUCCAAUGACAUGAAGAUCUGUGAGGUGGUGCGGACUCUGCCGCUGAGUGCAGAGAGAGACAGCAGUGACGUAGUGGGGGAUUUGUCUGUGUGUUUGGAUGGAAUGCAUGUGGAUCCUGAAACUUUCGCCUCUGAGGAACAGAAGCACAAUGCUCUUCCAAAUGGAGAGUCCAGAUUGAAUGGGGAUGUGGCUGGCAGAUCAAGUCGAGAUUCCUCUCCGUCCAGUGACAUUGCUGAUGAUCCUUCUCUUCCCAAUGGCCAUGCUGUGGGCAGUACAGGGUCUCCGUCUCCUUCUUCAGGAGCUCUAAGACCACCCCGGCCACCUAGACCACAACGCCCUCCCCCACCCUCCCCUCAAAGACCACCCUCCUCCACAGCCUCUUCAACAGGCUCUACUCCCACCCAUGGCAGCGGUGGUCCUAGUCCAGAAACAUCCCCACGCGUUUGUGUGAAUGGUGAGCCAGCAAGCCAAGGGUCAAACUCUGGUCCAGGUUCUGGGUCGGGUCAGGUACUCAGGGUCAGCCCCACUCCACCCAGAGUGUCUCCCAUCAACAAUGGUCCUCUUCCUCCUGGCUGGGAGCAGAGAGUGGAUCAGAAUGGUCGUAUCUACUUUGUGGAUCACAUCGAGAAGAGGACUACGUGGGAGAGACCAGAACCUCUGCCUCCUGGCUGGGAGCGCCGGUUGGACCCGAUGGGCCGGGUGUACUAUGUAGAUCACAUUAGUCGGAGCACGACAUGGCAGAGGCCAACUGCAGAGUCUGUGAGGAACUAUGAGGAGUGGCAGAACCAGCGUAGUCAACUGCAAGGAGCCAUGCACCAGUUCAACCAGAGAUUCAUCUAUGGGCUCCAGGACCAGCUGGCACCAACUGCUAAUAAAGAAUUUGAUCCACUCGGUCCUUUACCACAAGGAUGGGAGAAGCGGACUGAUAGUAAUGGAAGAAUGUACUUUGUUCAUCAUCCUACAAGGUCAACACAAUGGGAGGAUCCUCGCACACAAGGGUUGUUAAAUGAGAAGCCCUUGCCAGAAGGAUGGGAGAUGAGGUUCACCGUGGAUGGGAUUCCAUAUUUUGUUGACCACAAUAGGAGAAGGACCACCUACAUUGACCCUCGCACAGGCAAAUCUUCGCUUGAGAAUGGUCCUCAAAUUACCUAUGUGCGAGACUUCAAAGCCAAAGUACACUACUUCCGCUUCUGGUGUCAGCAACUAUCAAUGCCUCAGCACAUCAAGAUCCAUGUCAAUCGUAAGACAUUGUUUGAAGAUUCCUUUCAGCAGAUUAUGAGCUUCCACCCACAAGAUCUGAGACGGAGGCUGUGGAUCAUCUUCCCAGGAGAAGAAGGGUUAGAUUAUGGAGGUGUUGCCAGGGAGUGGUUUUUCCUGUUGUCUCAUGAGGUUUUGAACCCCAUGUACUGUCUAUUCGAGUAUGCGGGCAAAGACAACUACUGUCUGCAGAUCAAUCCAGCCUCUUCUAUCAACCCAGACCACCUUAAGUACUUCAAGUUCAUCGGACGAUUCAUUGCUAUGGCUCUGUUUCAUGGGAAGUUCAUAGACACUGGCUUCUCUCUGCCAUUCUAUAAGCGGAUUCUCAACAAGCCUCUGGCUCUAAAAGACCUGGAGUCCAUCGACCCAGAGUAUUAUAACUCCCUCAUCUGGAUCAAGGAGAAUAAUUUGGAGGAGUGUGGGCUGGAGAUGUAUUUCUCUGUGGAUAAAGAGAUCUUAGGUGAGGUCACCACACAUGAGCUGAAGCCAGAUGGAGGAAACAUUCUUGUAACAGAGGAAAACAAAGAGGAAUAUAUCAGGCUAGUGGCAGAGUGGAGAUUAUCCAGAAGAGUUGAGGAGCAGACUCAGGCUUUCUUUGAAGGUUUUAAUGAAGUCUUGCCCCAGCAGUACCUACAGUACUUAGAUGCCAAAGAACUGGAGGUGAUGCUGUGUGGGAUGCAGGAGAUAGAUCUUGCAGACUGGCAGAGGAACACAAUCUACAGACAUUAUGCUCGCAGCAGCAAGCAGAUUAUCUGGUUCUGGCAGUUUGUGAAAGAGAUGGAUAAUGAGAAGAGGAUGCGUCUAUUGCAGUUUGUAACUGGAACCUGCAGACUUCCUGUUGGCGGGUUUGCUGAUCUCAUGGGGAGCAAUGGGCCACAGAAGUUCUGCAUUGAAAAAGUGGGGAAAGAGAACUGGCUUCCCAGGAGCCAUACAUGCUUUAACCGUUUGGAUCUACCCCCCUAUAAGAGCUACGAGCAGCUCAAAGAGAAGUUGACAUUGGCCAUUGAGGAGACAGAGGGCUUCGGCCAAGAGUGAUACAAUGAUACUCUCGCAUCUGCUUGGCACAGGACAUCAUCAAUGCGUCUCUAUGGCAGUGUAACUGACAGUCUCACCUGAAAGAAUGCUGCUAGUUCUGAGAGAGAGAAAAAGAGUGUGUGAUGGAGAAGCAGGAGAAAUGAAUGAGAUCACCCACAUCCCUUGGGCUCACUUUUCCCCUUCUUCAAAGUUUCACUCAUUCUUGCGGUAAUGCUGCCUUAGUUAGUAAGUAAUCUAUGCACCAGAAGGCCCGGGCUCGAUGAACUGAAUCCUGCUUAAGACAUGCACAUGGUCCAGGCUAUGCACCCUACUCCCUGGUUGGCUGGAUUCACGUUUAGGAUUUUCCAAGACUGUUUGACCAUUUCUGAUUUUAAUCUUGUACAUGUCUCGAUUACAGACCGACACUUUAUUGUUCUAGCAGAACUUGAAGUAGUUCCCCUCUGUGAGAUUGUGCAGUGUCUGUGUCUGAUAGAGCUGUUCUAUAUGCAUGAAUAUACACAAUAGUUUUGUGGGUUCUCCAUCAGCGAGGUCACCCCAUCCACUGACUCAGAGGGUGACUGAAUGUGAUCAGCUUUCCAGUUCCAAUAAGGAUUUUCUUGCACCAAUAAAGCACUUUGAGAGAUGAGAUCAGUGGUUGAAAUGUGAGAAAACUGCUUGAUAGGUAAAGCUGGCUCAUAAUCAUUAUAAGGGAUUUGGUGAGGAAUUUAGGAGUAACUGCAUUGAGUCUUGAUUACCAGAACUGGAGUGUUUAUAAUGAAAGUCGUUUGCAUCUAGUGACCCAAAUAAGCCAAAGACGUGAAGAGAGGUGGCGUAUACUGGUGCAAGUCAGGUUUCAUUACAUCAUGUUGUGCACGUCCCGCAAAUGUUCUUCUAUGAGAAUUUUCCAAAAAGAAUUGGGGCAGAAAUAUGAAGGGUGAAGUCAUUCUUAAAUACUGGGCCAUAAGGAAUAUAAGCAAGAUGCUGUCAAGAUACUAAUAGAUCAUUAUUGUGUUAUUAGUGAUAUGAAAAUUGGUGACGUCAUGCACAUCAAAGGGGAAUUCUGUUAGUUUUCAAGAUUUCUGUAUAAUUAAAUUAAGAGUGUUUUAAUAUGAAAUGCUCUGUUGUAGGGAAACACGAGUCAGAAUUGUAAUUAUUCAGCGGUUCAGAACCGGACAUUGAAAGAGUUUAUUGCUUCUAAAUAGCUGAUUCACAGGACAUUAUUGAUUUGAAGCAGUUAUGAGUAGGUUACCUGGUGCCUGUGACAUUGUUUCACAAAAGUUUUGAAAUAAGGUUCUAGCAUAAAACGUUAUGGUAGAGAGGUACAUGCAGGGUGUUCUAAGGCAAAAUAGCUAAAUUAAAAAAAAAUUAAAUAAAAAUAAAUAAAUUUCAGAUUUUCCAAUGUGUUACCAUCAUCAACAUAACAUAUAAAAAGCCAGAUGAUGCGCACAGGUCUGGUAGUUUUGGAUAGCAAAUAAAAUGGUUAUAUUUAUAGACUUGGCAACCCCUGGUUGCUAUCACCACCACUGUAAAGGAAUUUGAGCAGAUUUUUUGAAGUUUCUCUACAAUGCAGCAUUUCACAUUAAACCACUCUGAAUGGCUAUGCAGAAGUUUUGAAUUCACCUUUUAACGCAUUUAGAAAAGUACCUUCCUGGGUUUUAAUUCUGGUUAUCGUGCUGUUGAAAUCUGAAGUGAGACUAUUUUGAUUUGAUUCGGAGUCUGAGUGUGCACGUGUCACUUUCUGGAAGAGUCUAGUUUUCUUCUCUGAGUGGUUUUAGAAAACUCAAACUGUGAUGAAAAGCUCUGUCCCUUUAAAGCCCAUCUUAUGCUUUAAUUUAAGAAACUGUGGUUGAAUACAUUCACCAGUAAUGGGGGGAUGGGGUUGAACCUGAUUUCAAUGAAUGGAUCAGCCAUUGCAAGUCUACUCCUGCUGAAAGGUGCUUUCUUUCCUUUUCUUUCCUAUUUUAUUAUUGUUAUUUUAAAGCACUUCAUUAACACUGAGCUUCUCUGAUGCUUAGGCUUAGGAGCCUUGUUCUGGGAAAUUCAAUGUAUGUUAUGUGUGUAGAAACUAUAAUGUUAAUAUAGAAAUAUAAAUAAAUUGCUGUAAAGUUAAAAUUUCUAACCACAUAGUUUGAAAGGCCAUAGUGAAUCGUGUCUUCAGAGAUUUCAUUGGAAGGGUAUGUCAGGUGGGGAGAAAAACAACUUAAAAGAUUGUACUUACAAAUAGUGAAGCUAGUGUAUCACUGGCAUUAAAACCUAAUAUAGAGAUUGAGGAUGAUUGGAAACACUUUUUCUAUUCAGUCUAUCUUGGAAUCUCUUGAAUAUACCAUAGAUUGUGCUUCACUGAAGCAUGAGCCAAUGUGAAUGACAUAGUGUAAAUUCUUACAUCAUUUUCCUGAAUUGGUUUUGCUCUUUCAUAAAGUUGAUAUUCCUACAGAUGAGUUUAUCUUAAGUAUCACCAACUGAUUUCAUGUUUUAGCACAAAAUAGUAUAUACGAAUCCAUUGGAUGUCUAAAUGCUGGAAAAGGGGGAAUAUCCAAAUGUGUCACAGUCAAAUGGACUUAAAACGCUGGACAUUAAACAGGCAUAAAACGGAUUUGGUUUCAUAAUUUGUGAAAACCUUUCAAUUUGCAAAGGUAGAGACUAGUUUUCAACUGUACUGUUUUUUCUGUUAGAGCUUCACUGUAAUUCACUGUUCAGAGAGUUGCCCCAGGAGAAGUGGUGGAAACUUUCCAGUAUGCUGUUUACUUUCUGAUUUGUCCUGGAUUUGAGUCUCUGUACCCAAAAACAAAUGCAUAUCAGUAAUGUUGGAGUGUACUUAAUUACAGAGUUGAUCAUUACAGUGACACCACAGGUUUCCUGUGCUGGGUCCCUUGCUUGUAGCCUUUCCCAACACAGCAUGCUUAAUUACAAGGCACUUUUGUCAACAAACUGAUGUAAUAAUUAUGAAUGGACAGCUAUAUAAAGCUUAGUGCUCCAGUGAACCCCCCCCCCUCAACUCCCCCUGUCUUAAAACAAUCGUAGGGUUGAACAUGUAAGCAGAAAUGACCGUUUCACCUCUUUAUUUUCUUAUCUUAACAAAGGCAUUGUAAAUCAUGUAACACUUAGCUUAUAUCUUUUAAAAAGUGGGGUUUAAUGUUUUGAAUGAAUUUUAUUUUUCUUAUGUGGAUGUGUACAGUUAGAUGACUCUUGAUGAAAGAUCAGUUUAUUCUGAACUGAAGAAAUAAAUAUGUACUGCAUCA